AUGUCGACAUUCCGAUACAUAUCACCCACCAAGCAGUAUCAUCCGGGAACAAAACUAGAACUAUGGCCGUACAAGCCCGCAGAACCCCACGGACGCUCACAGUACACGCGCAAUCCGUUGCCCCGCGACCUCCAUCCAGGUUGGAUGAGAGACUUUGACCCAACAACUCUAAACAACAGAGCCGAGGAAGCCGCAGUCAUCGAGAUUGACGAGAUGAUUCACGGCGGUGACAAUCAUCUUGCCCAAAUCCUUGCCUGCAAUCUGGUCGAAGCCCCCAAGCAUCAACGAUCACCGGAAGAACUCACUCAGUUGACCAAUGACGGCAAGCCUGUCAAGGUGCAAAUUGUUGCAGAGAUCUUCGAUCCAGAAUUUUACCCUGGUGGCACAGGUGCUCCCUACGACAAUGACGAGCAAGCUGACGGAAAUCUGAGUUGCGCAGAUGCAGCUCUCGGACAUCUCUUCACCAAGGGCUUAACAGGUCAUCCCCACUUUGCGCCUCAGUAUUAUGGCUGCUGGGUUGCACGUAUCCAAGCCCGACAGAGAUCUACUGGCCCUGUGACUGAACGCUUCGUUGGUGUUGUUCUGAGGGAGCAUGUAAUCGGCCAUUCAAUCGAGGCUCUCUGUCAUAGGGACGAAUAUGGUCAGCUUCUCCCUUUCGAGGGUUGUGUCUUCUUUCACGAUUCCGAUGAUGCGGAAGAGGGCCAGGUUCGUCUCGAACUAGAGAAAGAAGUUUGCCAAGACAUAUUAAAGCAGGCUCUACACGGAAUCGUGUGCCAUCUUCACGUCGGCGUCAAACACGAGAUGUUUGAACCGAAGAACAUCUAUCUCACGAUGCGUGAUGGGGAUUUCGACCUGGAAAAGCCAAGAGCUGUCCUUCUUGGGCAUAUGCUAGCGCAGGUCUGGUCCAAGACUACGGAGGCACAAGGGCCGUUAGAGCUCAAACAGCUUCUUGAACACCUGGCAUACCCGCCGCACCCACGGCUUCGAUUCGGCUUCAGGGCUGUUGACGACUUUGUCGGCUGGUUUCCGUCGCCACCGGACGGCUGGUACGGCAAUGAACCAGCUACUUUCGACAGCAAGAAGGAGUACGAAGAUUGGAUUGUUAGCGAAGAGGUGUUCGGUCCGCUCGUCGAGGCCGCGGAAGUCGAGAAGGGUUUGGAGGACGGCGCUGAAUGGCCAUACCCGUAUGGCAAAUAUUCGCUCUUCAAGUCGCUUGAUGCGGUCAAAGAGGAUCUUCUUCGACAGCGACAAGAGAAAAGAAAACUUGCGGAGCAACAACAAAACCCCGAGGACAUGCAAAAGGGACGAUAG